AUAAAGUCUUUGCUCGUACCUUGCACAGUAGUUAGGGAGAUUGAGAUUGUAUAAACCCUGUUCUUUUGAACGACUCCAUUCGAAAACAUAAAAAGGCAAUAUAGACUAUCAUAUCAGCGUAGAAGACAAGAACAAAUCUUUUCUGAAAAGCUAAAACUGGUGUAUUUUUCUCAAAAGUUUCAGCGGUUUCAACUCAGAGUUUGUUUUUGAUUCAUGAACCUAUGAAAGUGUGAAACUCUCAUCAGAAUUUCACCAUAUCUAGAAUUGAUGGGAUAUUCCACCAAAAAAUGGCCAAGAAGUAUUUUUCUCCCAUGAACUUUAUGAGAAACAUUCCUUGUCUCUGAGUCUCUCUGAACUCUGGCAUUUAUCAAACAGAGAGGCAAAGAAAAAUGCAGAGGCAUUGGCAAACUCUUCAGAAAACAGACAGACUUGUGGCAUGCAGGCUGCACAGUCACUUGGGGAGGCCAAAGGCCCAGCUGAUGACCAUCCUCUCCCAGAACCCAGACUCCCCUAUCCAUUUACCUCUUGCUUGACUGAAAAGGAGCAGAAGACAUACUUGUAUCUGAUGACUAAGUUCUCAGAAAAAAGAAACCAUUUCCAAGUUAAUGAAGCAAGUCAAAGGGAAUUUUUCACAUAUAUGCAAAUGAAAGAAGUAGUAAGCAAUGAAAUUGCAGAAUUUAUGAAAUUUGCCCAAAACGCUGCAAAGAGCUGUGCCCAGGAUUAUGAUGCCAUCUCUGAAGAUGCCCGACGUUAUACUGAGGAAUUGCUACGUGCAUGUAUUGGACAUGUGGAGAAGUAUCCAGAGGUUUACACCCUGCAGGAGAUCAUGAGUAUCAUGGGAGGAAAGUUUCAUACACAGCUGACCUUUAGGCUGGAAAAAAAUCUUCUUGCAAUGGGCACAGCAAGACGUGGUAAGACAGAUUUCCCUUCCAUGCCCGUUCAGCUGCCCACAGACUAUAGCACUGUUACAUCUAUUAUAACCCCAGAAAAAAAGGCUCAUGUGAUGCAUCAUGAUAUUAGUUCAGAUUCAAAUGCAGAAAAACUUGCUUUGAAAUAUUGUCCCCAAGUUGUUUUAAGUAAUCAAUCGUUAUUUACUCUGCUGAAUAAUCACGGACUGAACUACAAGGAGCAGUGGGAAAUUCCAGUUUGUGUUAAAAUGAUCCCUGUUGCAGGUAGCAAACCAGCUAAAGUGGUUUAUGUUGAUCCACCUCUGCUGAGAAAAGAAAUGACAGUACGAGAGAGGAAUCAAAUCUUCCAUGAAAUUCCAAUGGAUUUCCUAGCAACUAAAACAUCUUAUGUUCCAAUUUCUGAUGUAUCAAUGGACAAACCAGCUGAGGACAACCUGCUUCAGUGGGAUGUGUGUCCUGACACCUACCAGUGCAGGACAAUUCCUCCUCCAGAUGACACAGGGAUGGAUUUUGAUGAUGAUGUUACAGAGCUUGAAACUUUUGGAGCAACAACCAAGCUCUCAAGAACUUGUAAAAUGGAAACUACUUUUCCUACAGCUAGUAACACUGCUAAAAUUCUAUCUCAUGGCCUAAAAAUAGGGGGGAAGAAUUCAUCUGCCAUAAACAGAGGGGAUGAAGAGGAGAAAAACCCCCUUUCUGAGCAAGAGCAUUCAGCAUGUGCCAGCGUGCAGCUUCCAUCUUUAGAUGGCAUUGCAGGCUGCAGCCCUCAAGAACAUUCUCCUUGCAAAAGCUUUCAGCCAGUGGAGGUAGGACUGAGCAAAGCACAGGAUGUCAUGGCCAAGGAAGUAUUGGACAAUGAAACAAAACUAAAUCCUCUACCUGUUGCAGUGAGUUCUGAGAAAGAGCCUGGUGGUGCCCAGAAAAAAGAGACUUGCACUGCUUUGUGCAGCAGUGACACGGAUGAGGAGCGUCUGGUGAUUGAUGCAGAGUGUGAAACCACUGCUCCAUGCAAGCCAGCUGUACCACCAGCUGCUUCCUCUGCCUCAGCAGAGACUGCCAGAUCUCCUUGCCCUGCCCAGAGUCCUUCAGCAAGCUUCACUGACUGCUCACAUUCCACAGAUCAGGGCAAAAAAGCCUCCAAGAAACCUCCAAGAAAGUUAUGCAGAGAAUUGGAUCCCGUUGGGCAAAUUUUGAAAAUGCAGACUGAACUUCUCAAGUCCCCUUCCCCAAAAGCUCCUGAGCCAGUGGUGAGCUGUGAUAAUUCUAAUGCUGUGCCAGCCCAGCUGCCUCAGUCUCCAAAGCCACUGGUGACCUCCAGCACAGAAACGGUGCCAGCCCCAGCCUCCAAUGCCACCAGCUCCUCUAGAAAUAGCUGGACGUGGCUUUUUGAGGGAGUGCCAAAGACAAAGCUGCCAAGUGAACUUCAGCUGCUUGAGGAAGACCCCUCAGAGUACCAAGCACCUGAGGAAGGCAAUGUUGUGUACAAGCUUUUCAGUUUGGGUGAUCUGCUGUUACUCGUGCGUUGCAGUGUGCAGAAAGUCAACUCACUGACACAAUACCAGAAAAAGAAAAGAGCCCAAAAGCCAACUCCCAUAUUCCUGUUGCCAAAACUGGAGUACCAAGCCUACUAUGGUGUGGAAGCUCUUACAGAAAGUGAAGUGUGCCAGCUGUGGACACAGAGUAUGCUGCAUUCUAAAUGCUUAUUUUAUGUUGGACAUAUUGAUGCUUUUACAUCAAAGCUUAUUAUGCUAGAAAAGAUUUCUUCAGCAACUUUAAGAGAAAAACUUGGAUUGAUUAAGCCUGCAAAUUCAUUAAAUAUACUUCAUCAUGUUUUGAAGAAGGUGUCUGAUUUGGAAGAGGGCUCUUAUUUAUUGACUCACGCUGCAGGAGAUUCAUCAGUUGCAAUUUAUAAGAGUUCUCUUGACAAGAGCACGAGAUCAUCCUACAACUUGCACAAAGCUCACUGUGACCUGCCUGCUGUACCUGCCACUCUCUCAGUCCCGUGGGUUCCCCUGGAUCCCAGCCUCCCUUUGCCCUACCACAUCAUUCAUGGAAGAGUUCCAUGCACCUUUCCACCUGCACCCUGGGAAGGGUGGAAACAGAAGAUGGCUGGGGUGAAAGGACAGUUGGACACAGCCCACGAGGGAAGGCCAGGAGCUAUGGGAGCCAAAGGCAAGCCAGCCAAGCCUGCUGGAAAUGAGGGUGUGGCUCCAAAGAAGCUGAGGCAGAAUUUCUGCAAGCAAAGAAAAGUGAAGAAAAAUUGGAAAAGUAAAUUCAACAAAAUGCAACUGAAGUAGGAAUAAGCCUGGAGAAGAAGAAAAGGACACAAAAAAAUCUGAGGUUUCUUGCAGCUUCAGAGGAGCCAGAGCAAGCUGGCAGGGGAAAUGGCUCCAGUAGCUGGAGCAUUCUGUAAACCUUCAACCCUUUGGUACCUCAGGGGACAUGUUUCAGGUGAAAAUCUCAAAAUCUCAAAAAUCUCAAAAUCUAAAAAAAAAAAAGGUAAAAAAGGAUGUGGCUGCAGCCACUUGGCUGGUUAUGGGGAGCAGUAUGUUCUGUUGGUCUGGUGACUUUUCUAUAAAAGCUGCAUCUUGAGUGAAGCAGUGGCUGGCUGACAACCUCUAAUACCACAUAACCAGAAAAAUAGCUUUUCAGCUUUCCCAGUUCUUCCAGAUUCACUACAGAUUGUUGUUCUCACAUAUUUUAAAGAUAUAUUUUACUUUGUGCAUUGUGUACAGGAGGAACAACUUGGAUUUAAUUAUUUAGCUUUUUUGACACAUGGUGUCUACUGACUUUUAAAUAACUUCAAAAAAUGCAUUUUUUUUUUUAGAAUGGUGUAACAAAUGAAGGACAAAAGCUGUGUUUAUUUGAAUAGUAAGGGCUAUAAAUUUGCAUUGGAAAACUUAAAAGUAUGGCUAAACAAGUAAAAUAAUAACAGGAGAGCUGCAUUUUUGCAUGUUUAAACUGCUGUCACAAAAAGCAGAGGUCUUAAAGGUGUUCUUCCAAGUCUUUUGUUUGGACUGAGGAAGUUACCAAGUACACACAUCUGAUCAAGCAUUCUUCUGCUCAUUGGGGCUUGAUAGGACAUGUUUUAAUGUCAUGAGGGUAAAAAUAAAAAAAAUUGUUUACUGGAGUAUACCUGCUAAAGAAUCCUGAAGGUAGGGAUUUUUCUGAAAUCAGGCUUCAAUAAUGAAUAUAUAUUAAAAACUUCUUUGUGAAAUACAAAGCAUUUUCUGAUGGCUUUUUUCCAACUGUUAGAUGUAUUUAUUCAGUUUAUUCCUUUUUUUGGAUCAUGCUUGUUUUAUCUCCAGUAUUAAGGUAUUGAUAAGCUGAACUUGUGUUUGCAAUUUACAAGUAGAGUUCUGAUUCAAAAUCCUAAAUGCCUUUAGAGCCUUCUCAUAAUAGGAAUACUUUAGCUGUGAGUCAUUUUUCUCAGAUAACUGACUCUGUCUGGGGGAUUCAAGGAACUUUUCAGUUUGUUUAUAUAUAAAACUUUUUGCCAGACUUGUUUGGAAUUUGCUUUCCCAAUGCAGUUUCACGAGGAAGAAAUGUAUGGUCUGUUUGUUCCUCUGUCUCCAUGCCUUUUACCUUACACUGGUACAUUACUAAUUAAAGUGUACUAAUUGUAGAACUGCAGUGGAGCAGCCUGUGCUGCUGCUUGGCAUUGUUGCAUUUUGGGUGCAGGGCUUCAUCUCUGCAGAGGCUGCUGCAGUUCUUGUUGGCCUGGUCACCAAGGCUGUCCAGGUGUCUCUGUAGAGUGGCUCAUCUGUCCCCUCUACCUCCCUCUUCUGCCUCUUUGGUGUCAUCUGCAAACUCCAGGAGAAUUGAUUUGGUCACGUUAUGCAGCUUGACACAGAAGUACUGAGUAGUGCCAGCCCCUGGGAAGCUCUGUCCGUGACCAGCUCACCUGGUCCAGCUUUGGGCAGCAAACCACCAGGAAUGGAGGAGGGUCUGUGAGCAGAGGUGUUCCCUGCUGUGAGAUCUCUGAUGGGUGUCUGCUUCUCCCCACUCACUGCUGUUCAUCAGGAGAUGGAACUGGUGGCUUUGUGUCGCGUUCAGACAGUUUGAGGUUAGUUUUGGAGGACUGGAGGAGAUGUUGUGACCUGGCAUUUGAGGUGAUUGGUUGGCCUGCAAAACCAUGGAACUUGAUCAGUUCUUUCUGUUAAUGUGAAUGGCUUAUUGGCUGUGAAUCUGACUUUUCUUUAUUUCUGUAGUAAUGAAAGUUUUUAGAUGUCAUUUGCACUAUGCACUGAUAAACUGCUUCCAUUCUCAUA